GUGACGUCACAGUUCUCAGACGUCGGAGGAGGAGGAGGUGGUUUUGAGGAGCUCCGUUCAGCCAACUUCACAGCGUGUUUGAGCAAAAUGAAACAUGGAUGAGGAGGUCGCUGAAAGUUGGGAGGAAGCUGCCCGUAGCGGGAAAUAGGACAACAUCCAACCAAGAACCGACUAAAGACCUGAAUGAUGUACCUGGCCCAUCAACCGAGCCAUUUACUGUUUGCCAAAGCUUGAUCAAAAUGGCCCUGGUGGAGGGGCGGCUGCCAUAAAACAAGUUUUAAAGAAGAAAAGCAAGGGAGAGAAAGGUAGGAAAUGGAAAAACGGUUGGAAGAGAAGCUUCGGAUCAGCCAGAAAGAAAAGGAGUCCAGUGAUUCUUCUCGAUCACCAUUAAAGACAACCAUGGUGAUUCAGGACAACUCCUUACCAGCAGGGCCGCCGCCUCAGAUCCGAAUUUUGAAGCGACCAGCAAGUAACGGGUCAUUGGCAUCAUCCACGAAUCCAAACAGGCCCACUCCGCAGGUCAAGACUCUGGCCCAGCGAGAAGCAGAGUAUGCAGAGGCCAGGAAACGAAUACUGGGUAGCGCCUGCCCAGAGGAGACUCCUCAGGAAAAGCCCAACACUGACAGGCCAGUGCGCAAUAACUCCACUAUGCCUUCAGAAGACACCAGAUCAAACAAUCAGGCUGUCUGGCAGCCCGCCAGCCCAGAUGGCACCCAUGGGUUCUGACAGCACAGAUAAGUGGGUCUCUGGGACGUCCCAGCCAUGGAGGGGACAGAGAGAUUAAGAGCCACAUGAGAUCAAACACCACAAUGUAUUCCUUUAACUUCCUCCCUUCGGUUCCCACAUAUAAGCCGGGCUGCGAGUAUGGCUGCGCUGGCGCGCUCCUCGUUCCUCUCACAGCCAGGCGAAUCAGUCAGAGAACAAGGAACUCUAGGAGGAAGUCAAACUGAAACGAGCUCUCCUCUCUCCCCUGCUCAUGUUCAUUUGGCACUGUGAUUAUGGACAUAUUCUGGACUCACUGUGAUGAUCCCCCUUUAAGAGACGCCCCUCAGCCUCCAUCUCUUUUAUUUUGAUUUUUUUUGGGGUUUUUUUUUUUUUUUUGGCUUCUGUCUGUCUUAGGAUGUAAGAAGAGCAGAAGCAAAGACUCUGCCAUGAGCAGUUCAAAGAUGAGGUGAAACAUUGGGUCAUAUCAAAACUAGAUCAUCGGGUUCUUGUACAGCAGCUUCCCAGCAAUAACACCAGACAUCACUACUCAUUUUCUUUCAUUUUAAUCACGUGUCUUUACUUAAGGGAUGCACUGGUACCUUUUGAAUACAGAUCACAGUUCUUACACACCACUAAGUCUGCUUAUAAAAACAGUAUUAGAUAGUAAGCUUUGAAACAGAAUCAUAUUCCUCUCCUUUGUUAUCUAGUGGUAAAAUCAGAGCAUAAAUAAGCUCUCUUAUCUUGUAUAAAUGAUACAUACAUUAAAUACUGAAAACUGCUCAAAGGAUCAGUGCACACCCUACUAUUAAAAACUGCCAUUUGUUUUUAAAAACUGAGGUCAGGGGUUAUGUGUGUCAAAUUAUAUAUGUGACAAGGUGUGUUUACUUUUCUAAGCUUUUAGCUGUCUUCCUUUGAUGGUAGCAUACUUUCUCUUUAAGAGUAAACAACAAUGAACAGGAGAGAGUGGAUCUAAGUCAGGUUUCAUGUAGCUUUUCUGCCUUUUCAAAUGAAAUGGCAGCAGCAUAAGAACAGUAUUUUAAAUAAACCAAAAGCCCCUUUUAAAAUAUAUAUAUAUAUUCAGCUACAUUCUUAUGAUUUGAAGUUGAUGGUUGCAGGAAUUUAAGUGAAGUUUUAAAUAAAUUUUAUUUCUGUCCUGUUUCCUUCCGGCCAGUGAUGUUUCUUCACAUCCUCCUCCGAGGUAAAACUUAGGAACUCAGGUCCAUGUGAAUGAGACUGAAUGAAUGAAAUGAACGAAGAUUGUAUUUUUCCAGCGUGUUUGUUUUCCCGAAAGACUAAUGCACGUAUUUAACUUAUGGUCGGCACUUAAAAACAGCCUAAUGUAACAGAAAAAAAAAAUUGCUUUCUCAAGCUAAAGUCAUUCUAGUUGUCCUUUCUUUUUACGGAUGUUUGCGUCUUGGUGUCAGAAGUGUAACGUCACUCCUUGUAGGAUUGUUCAGUAGCUAAUGAGCCGUGGCUGAAACAGAGCACCACUGGUUGAGAACCAGAGAACUCGACUGUGUGGCCUUCCAGGACCACCAUGCCCAUUAAAUGUUUUCUCACCUGUAAUUGUGCAGAAGAGAUCUCAAAGCCAUAUUUUGUGGUGCAAGAACAUCAACACAAAAGACUCAUGGAAAUGGGUGAAUUCAGCUUGUGCCUACUGUAUCACAUCUUUACUUCCUGGUUGUUGAUUUUUAUUCCUUUGGUUUUUAAGAGAUGAGAGUAUUUAAAGGGGGAAUUCUCAAUUUUGUUGAAGAGAUUUUAGUUGAGAAAAUCUAGUGGCAGAACAAGAACAGAAAAUACAAACUGCCUGUAAAUACUGAUUUAAUAAAUUGAUUUACUAAAAAUCUGA